AUGAGCAGUGAGACCACCUCCAAGCUGGGUCAUACCCUGGCCAAGGGCCUCGGUAUCAAACUCUCCUACAGAGACCCUUUGGGUGCUACAUCUGGCUCCGAGCCCGUCACAAGAGGUGAAUCAACCUUUUCUAUGGGCACUGUCGACACAUAUUCCUACAAUGAACCCGAACCGACCAGUCUCGAUUGGAUUCGCGAGAUCACCCCUACCGGACGCCAAUUCGUUCAAUAUAUGAUCAAUCUGUUCCCUUUCCUUAAUUGGAUCGCCAACUAUAACGUCCAAUGGCUGAUCGGUGACUUGAUUGCCGGUAUUACCGUCGGUGCCGUCGUCGUGCCGCAGGGUAUGGCCUAUGCCAAGCUCGCUGAGUUGCCAGUGCAGUUUGGUUUGUACUCGUCCUUUAUGGGAGUCUUGAUUUAUUGGUUCUUUGCCACGUCCAAGGAUAUUACUAUCGGACCCGUGGCCGUUAUGUCAACUUUGACUGGAACAAUUGUGCUUGAUGUCCAGAAGAUAUACCCCGAUUACCCUGCCCAUUUGAUUGCUUCUUCUCUCGCAGUCAUCUGUGGUGGCAUUGUCUUUGUGUUGGGUCUUUUCCGCGUUGGUUUCAUCGUGGAUUUCAUCCCUCUCCCUGCUAUCUCCGCCUUCAUGACUGGUUCCGCUAUAAACAUUUGUUCGGGCCAGGUUUCCACCAUGCUGGGCGAGACUGCUAGCUUCAGUACCCGUGGUGCUACCUACAAGGUCAUUAUCAACACCCUCAAGUACCUCCCGACUUCCACAAUUGAUGCUGCUAUGGGUGUUACUGCUUGUGCGAUGCUUUACCUCAUCCGCUCAGGGUGCACAUAUGCCGCGAGGAAACAGCCUCAGAAGGCCAAGGUUUGGUUCUUCGUCUCGACACUCCGGACCGUGUUUGUGAUCCUGUUUUACACCAUGAUCAGUGCCGCCGUGAACUUGCACCGCCGGGAUGACCCUCUGUUCAGCCUCCUCGGCACAGUUCCUCGUGGUUUCCAGCAGGCCGCUGUUCCCGUCAUGGACCGUAAGAUCAUUGCAGCAUAUGCCAAUCAGCUUCCAGCUGCGGUGAUUGUUCUUCUUAUUGAACAUAUCGCUAUUUCCAAGUCUUUCGGUCGUGUUAACAACUACACCAUCGACCCUUCCCAGGAGUUCGUGGCCAUUGGCGUGACCAACCUGCUUGGACCUUUCCUUGGUGCUUACCCUGCCACUGGUUCCUUCUCCCGUACUGCCAUCAAGUCCAAGGCCGGUGUUCGCACACCCCUGGCUGGUUGUAUUACUGCGGUCGUUGUGCUGUUGGCUAUUUAUGCUCUACCAGCUCUUUUCUUCUAUAUCCCCAAGGCGUCUCUAGCCGGUGUUAUCAUCCACGCCGUCGGUGAUUUGAUCACUCCCCCUAACACCGUGUAUCAGUUCUGGCGUGUGUCCCCGCUCGAUGCACUCAUCUUCUUCAUCGGUGUCUUUGUCACCGUAUUCACUUCUAUUGAGAACGGCAUUUACUGCACCAUUUGUGUCUCGGUUGCGGUUCUGCUCUUCCGCGUGGCCAAGGCUCGUGGUCAAUUCUUGGGCCGUGUCACCAUCCACUCUGUGGUCGGCGAUCACCUGUUGGACACCGAUGGUAAGUAUGGAUCUUUCGGAAACAACAAGUCUCCCUCCGACGACGAGGAGCACCACCACCGCACCAUCUUCCUUCCCAUCAACCACGGCGAUGGUUCCAACCCGGACAUUCAGGUGGAGCAGCCUCUUCCCGGUAUCUUCAUCUACCGCUUCUCGGAGGGCUUCAACUAUCCCAAUGCAAACCACUACACCGACUUCCUCGUACAAACCAUUUUCAAAAACACCCGCCGAACCAACCCGCACACCUACCGCAACCGCGGCGACCGUCCCUGGAAUGACUCCGGUCCUCGCCGCGGCAAGGAGGGUAGCGACGACGACUCCCACCUACCCCUGCUACAAGCCGUCAUUCUCGACUUCUCAUCUGUGAACAAUGUCGACGUUACCUCCAUCCAGAACCUGAUUGACGUCCGCAACCAACUCGACCUCUACGCCUCACCCCGCUCCGUCCAAUGGCACUUCGCGCACAUCAACAACCGCUGGACCAAGCGCGGUCUCGCCGCCGCAGGCUUCGGCUACCCAACUCCCGUCACCAAUGAAGGUUUCCACCGGUGGAAGCCCAUCUUCAGUGUCGCCGAGAUCGAAGGCAGUUCCUCAGCCGCGGCCCACGCAGAGAUCAUCAACAACCAGCGCGAGCAAGCCUACCACAAGAGCGAAGACGUGGAAUCAGGCCUCAAGUCGGAAUCCGCCGCAACCGAGCGCGAGACCCAUGGCAUCGAGACGUCCUCCGAGGACUCGAAUGUCAUCACCGAAGACAAAUUCCAGCGUGAUAUCACGGACAGCAAGGCUUACCGCAGUCGUCGCAAGGUUGCACUCGUGCAGGGCAUGAACAGACCUUUCUUCCAUAUCGACCUGACGAGCGCAUUGCAGAGUGCAGUCGCCAACUCGUCUGACGAGGUCCCGCACCUUGAAUGA